AUGCCUUCAUUCGAAGAGACAAUCUCAACCGCCGUUCGUGACGGCAUUCUUCCAGGCGUCGUCUUAUACGCAAAAGACAAGACAGGCCGCCUUAACUACUCCAAAGUCAUCGGCUCGGAAGAUGUACCACAUCUCCCGCAACUGGAGCCCUCAUCAACACUCUGGCUCGCCUCCGCCACCAAAAUCAUUACUACAGUUGCCGCCCUCCAACUCGUCGAACGCGGGCUCGUGACUCUCGAAGAAGACGUCUCCCAAUACAUCCCCGCCUUGGCCUCCCAGUCGGUUAUCACUGGCUUCACUGAUUCCAAUGAACCCAUUAUUUCACCCCGGAAAUCACCCAUCAGUCUCCGCCAGCUCCUAACCCAUUCUGCGGGAACGGCCUAUGACUUUCUCUCUCUGGACCCGAUCCAGCGCUGGCAGGCCUUGAACGGCAAAACACCAGUCAGUGGUUCCAACGUCGAGGAGCGGUUCUCGUACCCCAUGAUCUACGAGCCGGGGACGGCCUGGGCAUACAGCAAUGCCAUCGACUGGGCAGGGCGUGUCGUCGAAGUCCUGACGGGUCAGGAUCUGGAGGCGUACAUGCGUCAAAACAUUUUUGAACCUCUAUCCCUUACAUCUUUCACCUUCGACACGACCAAGUUGGACAAGACACUCUGGCCCCUCAGCGCCAGGGACCCUGUGACCGGGAAGGUCAUUCCCUUCACUGGACAGCACCUCAACAGGGACGCGAAGUCUCCUCUUGGAGGUCAAGGUCUGCACGGCAGAAUGGAUGAGUACAUUGAGAUUCUCUACUCUCUUCUCGUCGACGACGGAAAGCUGCUCCGCCCCGAGACCACGGCAGAGAUGUUCAAGCCGCAGUUGGACAGUCUUCCAAAGAAGGCUCUGCUGCAAAAGAUGAAGGACCCAUCGUGGGCCAUUGGCGACCUCCCCGACACCCAGGAGUACGAUUGGAGCUUCGGCGGGCUGCUUGUUGACGGAGACAGCCACGAGUACCGCAAGAACGGAACCUUGAUCUGGAGCGGAGCGGCCAACAUUUUCUGGUGGAUUGAUCGCGAGACUGGAAUUUGCGGUGUCUUCGGCACACAGAUGUCGCCUUCGGGUGAGGUGGUGACAAAGGACUAUAUCAAGGCGUUCGAGGACGAGAUAUACGCGAGGGCUAGAGCGUUGUAG